CCAAUUCCUCGAUUUCUUGAAGCUGGUCACCAUUAUUGUACUGUACCAUGGCUGACUGACUGACUUCCGAGCUCCGUGUGUUCUCGGCUUCUUGCUCUCUCCCCACGACGUCUUAUCCAGUUUGGAACUGCUGGGGGUUGGAAGUCUUGGAUAAGCCAGAGAGAUUGGGGUUCCGAAAUCUUGCUACUCGCAUGCGCUCCCUAGCAGUCUCUCCCUAUGCAAUGUCCUCGUUACUAAGAUGAGAGGCUGAAGGUUAUAAGAGAGAAUUCGGCGAGUUCUAGGUUUUCCGGACGCUUGAUCAACCUGUUAUCGGGUAACAUCUAGGUCACGUGCUGCAAUCAUGACGAGCGGCGAAACAGAUGAACGGUCAGGAUCCGAUCCUCCUGCCGGCCAUCCCACCACUAACAGCCAAUCAAAUGCGAGCACCGCAGUCAAUGGCUCAGGAUCGUCGUACUUUUCGGUUAACGAGCGAAGCCCGCCGGCUAGCCCUGCACGGGACGGGAAGACGAGGCCCGCGAAUGACGGCGGGGAUAGCAACGGUCGCGGGGGUGGCUGGGGCUCGGUCAAGCCGUACGUGCUCUCGGUCUCGCUCCUCGCAUCGAUCUCUUCGGCUCUCCUCGGAUAUGACAUUGGCGUUACCAGCGGGGCCCUCAUCUUCGUGGCGGAGGAUUUCGACCUCUCGCACGUGCAGCAGGAGAUCUUCGUCGGCAUCCUCAAUAUAGUCUCCCUCGUUGGUGCGCUAUCAGCCGGUAGACUCGCGGAUUUCGCCGGCCGUAGAUUCGCCAUGGGAACAGCCGCGUCGAUCUUUAUAGCCGGGGCUUUAUGCAUGGCGCUAGCACCGACCUACGCUAUCCUCCUUACAGGCCGUCUCAUUACCGGCAUUGGCGUCGGUUUCGGUCUGGCCCUGCCUCCUCUGUUCAUCUCGGAAAUUUCCCCCCCCGGUCAGCGUGGCGGGCUGGUUUCUUUCGGAGAGCUUUUUAUCAACAUUGGCAUAGUAAUCGGCUUCUUGACCUCAUUUCUUCUUUCCGGGCUGCCCGUGGAUUCCGCCUGGCGAUGGAUGCUGGGACUCGGGGCCGUUCCGGGUUUUAUUCUCGCAGCAGGAGUUUUGUGCCUCCCCGAAUCCCCUCGCUGGCUGAUCAUGCACGGGCAGGUGAAAAAGGCUAAGGAUAUUCUGCUCACCAUAUCAGACAGCCAUGAAGAAGCCCAUGAAAGGUUCCUGGAAAUUCUGGACGCAGCCGGGCUGAAAGAAGAAAUCGUCGGCAAAGGGCCGGCAGCAGGAGCAGAUUUUUCCCCAGCUGCCCGGGGCAGAAGCAAUUCUCGCGAACGGCUAGGAGGAUCCGGUAGUGGGCGUGGGGAGGAGACCGAAUAUGUGGACGAGGAGGAGCAAGAAAUACACGUUAUAAGGCCGAUGGACGGAGCAGGAGGGAAGGGGGUGUGGAAGGAGCUUCUAUGGCCGACUCCGGCCGUGGGGAGAAUGCUCCUUGUGUGCAUAGGGACGAAUUUCCUGCAGCAGGCUAUAGGGAUUGACGCGACGGUGUAUUACUCCCCAGUGGUGCUGAGGGAUGCGGGGAUCACGUCGAGACGGGCGCUGCUAGGAGCGACGCUGCUGAUGGGGGUGAUCAAGGUGUCUUUCGUUGGCAUUGCCACGUGUCUUCUGGAUAACUUUGGGCGGCGGCCACUGCUUCUCGUCUCCACAGCAGGCAUGACCGCUGCGCUCCUCACUCAAGCGCUGGCGUUCCUCAAGCUGCCAACCAUUGCCGACAUCGACAUGGACACCACGGCCACCACGGGCGUCCCAGCUGCAGCCAUCGUGGCAUUCACAGGCAUCUGCGUGUACGUGGCCUUCUUCUCCAUCGGCAUCGGCCCCAUCAAUUGGCUCUACACCUCAGAGAUCUUCCCACUGAGACUCCGAGCACAAGCGACCGGGAUUGGCACAGCGGUGAAUAGGAUCGCGUCGGGAGUGGUUGCGAUGACGUUUCUGAGCCUGGCGGACGCGACUGGGAGUCCUGCUGGGCCGUUUUUCAUGUUUGCAGGUGUGGGGGUCGUUGGGUUUGUGUUCUUCUACUUUUUCGCGCCGGAGACGAGGGGCAAGAGCCUGGAGCAGAUAGUGAGGAUGUUUGAAAAGGGGACAUACGCAUGGGUGAAGGAGGCUCCGGAUGAGAUUCCGAGCGUGGGGCUGGCGGUGUAUGAUGGGAACAAGAUGCAGCAAGGGUGGGGGACUGCAGAUUCCAGCCCUAGCAGAACACCGCGAGAUGUGUGGUAACAAUGCAAGACGCCUCAACUCACAAGCAAGAAAUGGGCACAGCAGACUCUGGCUCAAUCAAAACACCAGGGGAGUCAGAGGGAUGGACGUGUGGGAAGACCGCAGGUGCGGGGUGGUGUUAUUGCCACAGCAGAUUGUGUGGGUGGUGGUGGUGGGGUGAGAGGAUGUGGAGUACUCUAGGGUGAGGUACACCGCAACACGUCAACAAGUAGUAUGGUAAACAAUCGUUUAUGCAUGAGAAAUGAGGUGUCUGUUGGGGUACUCGAAUGUGGUAAUCCGAGUAAGGAGCAGGUAUCGUUUUCUGAUUCCAACACAUAACACCUGUGAACUUGUGGUAAAUAAACUUAUAAAUAUGUUGAAGGGCU